AUGGCCGAGGAAGAGGAUUAUAGCUCGUUGCCUUUGACGGAUCGCUGGGUGCACAAGGUAUGGAAGGUACGAAAGCAGGCGUAUGAAGAGGCGGCAAAAAUCUUCGAAAAGACUCCCGAUGAAUACGACCCGGCCUUCCGGCCCUUCACUCAAGACCCCAGUUUGUGGAAAGCAGCGGCUGCAGAUUCCAACGUCGCCGCACAACAGGAAGGCCUUGCUGCGCUUUGCGCCUUCCUAAAGUUCGGCGGUCGCGACGGCGCGGUUCGAGCUCGGCAACAAGCAGUAACACCGAUAGUUGAGAAAUGCCUGUCGUCUACCAGAGCGGCAACGAAAGCGUCAGCUGUCGAGGCUUUGCUUCUCUUUGUCGAGGUCGAUGUGCCCGGCCCUGUAAUCGAAGACAUUUUACCGGCGCUCUCCAACAAGCAGCCCAAAGUGGUCGCGGCAUCCCUCGCAGCCUUGACGCAAAUCUACCACAACUAUGGCUGCAAGACGGCGGAUCCGAAGCCGGUACUCAAAAUCUUGCCAAAGGUGUUCGGCCAUGCAGACAAGAAUGUCAGAGCAGAAGCAACAAACUUGGCUGUUGAGUUUUACCGAUGGCUUCGCGAGGCGAUGAAGCCAAUGUUUUGGAACGACCUUAAGCCGACGCAGCAGAACGACCUCGAGGCUCAGUUUGAGAAGGUCAAGGCAGAAGGACCUCCCAAACAAGAGCGCCUGUUAAGGUCACAGCAAGAGGCACAGGAGCGUGCACCAGCCGCGGGCGACGGGGAGGGCGCCUAUGAUGACGGCGAAGGGGACGCUGAGGAACCGGGAGAGAUCGAUGCGUUUGAUCUGGCUGAGCCACAAGACGUUGUGGGCAAGAUUCCCAAGGAUUUCUACGACAACUUGGGCUCGUCCAAAUGGAAAGAGAGGAAGGAGGCAUUGGAAGCUCUCUACGCGCUCGUCAACGUACCCCGUAUCAAGGACGCGGAUUUCGGCGAGAUCAAUCGCAGCCUGGCCAAGUGCAUGAAGGAUGCCAACAUCGCGGUCGUAACCCAGGCAGCCCAAUGCAUUGAGAUGCUUGCCAAGGGCCUGCGAAAAGGCUACGCCAAGUACCGCAGCAUCGUGAUGCAGCCGAUCUUAGAGCGACUAAAGGAGAAGAAGCAGACGGUGGCUGAUGCUCUUGGCGCCGCCUUGGAUGCCGUGUUUUUGUCAACCGAUCUGAGCGAGUGCCUCGAGGACAUCACGGCGUUCCUUGUCCACAAAAACCCCCAAGUCAAGGAAGGCACCAUGAAGUUUCUUGUCAGGUGCCUGCGAACGACAAGAGAUGUUCCCAGCAAACCGGAGAUCGCCGGGAUGGUUGAGUCCGCAAAAAAGCUGCUUUCAGAGUCAAGCGAGGCCCUUCGCUCGGGAGGCGCCGAAAUACUGGGCACCAUUAUGAAGAUCAUUGGCGAGCGGGCCAUGGCCGCUCACCUCGAGGGUUUGGACGACAUCCGGAAGGCAAAAGUCAAGGAGUUCUUUGAGACAGCCGAGGUCAAGGCCAAGGACAAACCCAAACCGCCGCCGCCCGCGGCCCGUGCACCCCCUCCCAAAAAGGUUAUGGGCGGAGGCAUGAAGAAAGCACCUGCAGGAGUCAAGAAGCCUGCGGCUGCUGCUCCCGCAUCUCCCACAGAGCCCGCCCCGGCCCCUGCCCCUACCCAGGCCCAGCCUCCCCGCGCCGGCCCGGGAAGCAAGCUCGGUGUACCUAAACCUGGCUUGGGUGGACUCAAAGCUCCUCAAAAGCGCAACCUCGCCGCCCCUGGCUUAUCGUCCCCGCGGCGACCCGCACCAGAACCGGCGCCUUCUGUAGAAGAGGAGCCACCGACAUCACCGGUCGCCUCAAAACCCGCUCCCCGCGUAGGUCUGGGCCGUGGUGGCCUUGCCGCCCGCUCGCUUGCCAAACCUGCCGCGCCAUCCGUACCCGCCGCGCCGCCGUCGCCAACUUCUACAUCUGGCCUCACGCAUCUGGAGCGUGCUGAGCUUGAGGAGCUUCGUGCCGCCAACGAGCGCCUCUUGCGCCAGCUCGAGGAAUCUCGACAUGAGCGAUCCAAGCUUCACUCGGAGAUCCAGGAGCUCAAAAACCAAAAUGCGAGCUUGAUUGAGGAUCACACGAGGGACGUUCUGUCGAUCAAGGCCAAGGAGACGCAAUUAGUUCGGGCGCGCAGCGAUGCCGAGGCUGCUGAACAGACAAACGAACGGUUACGACGCGAACUCGACCGGUUGAAACGUGCAUUAGCUAAGGCUGAGGCGUUCAAUGCCGGUACCGGCCCCGGCAGUCCAGGUUCGCCAAACCUUGGAUUCAGGACUAUGAGUCCAACCCAUGACGACGCUGGUAUCUUCCGUGACGGCGGGAUGCCAGCCAGUGCCAAUAGGAACCGCAUGAGCUUCGCCAGCACAUUCAGCGAGGAGAAGGAAAACGGAGAUAACAUGAUGCCCCACCCACUGAGCAAAGUUACCCCGGAUCUCAGGUACGCCGGCAGCGCAGCGAGUAGUGGUCGUGGCAGCCCGGCCAGGGGUUACAGGAGAGAUGUUGCCACGGACGAUAGCCAACCUCGCACUGUCGACAGCCACGCCGACAGGUCUGGCAGCAGGGCCGGCAGCCGCGCUGGUGGCAGGACGGCGGAUGCGAGCUCCAACGUGCCCAGUUCGGGCAUGGAGAGUUGGAAGCGAGCCGCUGAGGUCACGAGCCAAUUGAAAGCCCGGAUCGAGCAGAUGAAGGUAUGUUCCCUGCACUGCCAUUUGACGAGUGCAACCUGA